AUGAUGAUGAUGAUGAUGAUGAUCAUAAUAAAGAGAAUAAUGUUGAUAAAAAUGACCUAGACCUAUUUGAAUUAUGAUUGGUUGGCAUAUAACAUGAAUUGACAAGAAUGUUAUUUAAUUCAUUUUCAUUUCAUUUAAAUGACGUACAAUAAAUUUACUGAUAGAAAAGGAUUGUUCAUUAUACAUUUUUCACAUUUUUAUAUGUUCUGUAUUUUUUUUCUCACCCACUUACUCACUCACUCACUCUCCCUCUUUUUUUCUUUUUAAAUAGACAAAUCCAUGUAAACAAAGGUAUAUAUUUAAUUGUCUAAGAUAUAAGUUAGUUACUAAGCUAUCUAUUUAUUUUUUUUAAUUUUGUUCACCUCCCUAUAAAAUUGAUUAGUGAUCUGUUUGUUUGUUUCUCUUUUGUUUCGAGUAACUUUACCGAUUUUUUAAUGAAUUGUGUAACCGGUGGAAUUAUUUCAAUUAAUUUUAUUUCAUUACAUUAACUGUAUAUUUGGUUUAUUUAUCUAAAAUAGUCAAUAAUAAUAAUAAUAAUAAUAAUAAAACAAUCUGUAUGAAUCAUUGAACAUUUGGAUUAAUAACGAAAGAAAAUGAAUAAAAUUAUAAUAUUCUUAACAACUUUAACACUUCUAUUCAAUUUACCAAAUGGUAUACAAUAUGAUCAACAAUAUCAAAGAAAACAUCAAGAAGAAAAACCGAAUCAUAAAUUGAAAAGGAUUUAUUUAAUGAAUAAAACAUUUCAAAUAUCUUCAUUAAAACAACAAUAUUCAUAUGAUGUACAACCAAAAAUGUCUAAUGUCCAUUUGAAUGAAUCAGAUGAAAUGAAAAAUGCUACUAAAGAUGUAAUUAAUUUAAUUACAGGACAUGAUAAUAAUAAUAAUAAUAAUAAUAAUAAUAAUGAUCAUGAUUAUGAUGAAACUGGCUUAAUAGAAGAUGAAGAAGAAGAUAUGGAGUUAAUUGAUGAAUUGAAAGAGUAUAUGCCAAAUGUAUGCUUCGAAACUAAUCCUAAACCAAGACAAUAUCGUCAACGUAUACAAAUCCCUUAUACAAAAUUAACACGUGUUUGGGAACCAAAUUGUGAAACUGAAGGUAACUGGUGUAUCAAAUAUAAAGAACAAACCCAUUAUGCUGUUCAUUAUAAAACAGUUUUUAAAACUGCACCUAUAAAACAAUUUCGCUGCUGUCCUGGUUUCAUUCGUCAACCUGGGUAUGAAGGUUGUGUUCCGGUAGCUAGUGACUGUAAUGAAUUAAAUAAUUAUUGUCAAAAUGACUGUGGUCAAGUUCCUGGCUCAAAAAAUUGUAGAUGUCCACCAGGUUAUUUUCUUGCUCCAGACAAACGAAGAUGCCUUGAUAUAGAUGAAUGUAAAUAUGAUCGAGGAGGUUGUAUGUAUUUUUGUGAAAAUCUUCCUGGAGGUUAUCGAUGUGCUUGCCCUUCGGAUAUGGUUUUAGCACCUGAUAAGAUUUCUUGCAUACCAUUUUUCAAUCCAUGUGAACAUCCUCCUAAUGGUGAUUGUGAACAUAUUUGUACAAGUUUACCAGGUUACAGAUAUAUGUGUUCAUGUAAACCUGGUUAUCAUUUAGCUGAAAAUAAAAAACGAUGCUUACCUGACAACCCUUGUCAAAUCAAUAACGGAGGCUGUCAACAUGAGUGUCAUAAUGUAAACGGUGUAGUUCAUUGUAGUUGUCACGAUGGUUACCAAUUAGUCUCUCAUGAUUCAAAAAAAUGCACCGAUAUUAAUGAAUGUAGCAUAAACAAUGGAGGUUGUCAGCAGCUGUGCAGAAAUGUCGAUGGUUCUUACAGCUGUGAUUGUAAUCCUGGUUGGCAAAUAGGAAAUGAUGGGAAAUCAUGUUAUCGUGUUGUCUUAGAAGUAAGCGACCCAUGUCGAUUUGACAAUGGUGGAUGUACACAUAUUUGUUCAAGAACAGAUUCUGGAACAGCAGAAUGUUCAUGUAGUCCAGGCUAUGACUUGCAAGCUGAUGGUCGAACUUGUUCAGAUCGUGAUGAAUGUGUAAUUGGUGAGGCUAAGUGUUACGGUCAAGCUGUGAUUUGCAUUAACGAACCAGGAACGUACCGUUGUGAAUGUCAAACAGGAUUUCGUAUCAGCCCAGAUGGACAUUCAUGUCAAGAUAUUGAUGAAUGUCUGGAUGACAAUGGUGGAUGCGAAUUUCAAUGUGUGAAUACAAUAGGUAGUCAUAGGUGUUUGUGUGAUUUUGGUGAUGAAUUAAACCCAGAUGGAAGAACAUGCUCACGUUCAUCCAGUUAUGUACGAGAUGAUUCUAGUACGUUAUUCACGCCGACUAAACAAAAUCGCAAACAGUUGAAUAUGAAGCCAACCCAACGAGUUGUAAUAGGUGAUGUUCAUCAGUUUUCGAAAAUACGGACAUCAUUUGAUUCAAGAGGUAAUUUAUGUUUACCUGGACGAUUUGGACAUGAUUGUAGUUUAACAUGUUCACAUUGUGAAAAUGGUGGUCGAUGUAAUCGAGAUUUAACUGGAUGUGAAUGCCCAUCUGGUUAUAAAGGAAUUAUCUGUGAAGAAAAAUGUCCAAAGGGACUAUGGGGUGUGGACUGCAGACAGUACUGUGAUUGUGCAAAUGACGUUGACUGUGAUUCCGUAACUGGGGUUUGUCAAUGUCCUUUAGGUCGUCAUGGUACAAGAUGUGAACUAUCCGGAUGCCAAGCAGGAUUUUGGGGACCUCAGUGUGAUCGUCUAUGCCCAAAUCAUUGUGCAACAAAUCAAUGUGAUCGUGAAAAAGGUCAUUGUACAUGCUCACCAGGAAUGUAUGGGUCGCAUUGUCACUUAAGUUGUCCGGAAAAUACAUGGGGCGAAUUGUGUAGUCUGAAAUGUCCAGCUGAAUGUUCAGAAAGUAGACGACAUACAAAGGGUUGUGAUCCUCAAACCGGUGAGUGUAUAUGUAAGCCUGGCUAUCAACCGCCUGACUGUAUUCUACCAUGCCCGUCGUCAUAUUUUGGUUUCAAUUGUAAAAUGACAUGCUUUGAUUGUCAAAACGGCUGUGAUCCAGUGACUGGACGAUGUCUAGUUGAAUGUCCACCUGGUAAACAUGGAUUAACGUGUGAACAAGACUGUCCCCCAGGGUAUUGGGGCAAAAAAUGCUCUCGACAUUGUCGAUGUGGUUAUGACGAAAAAGGGAAUCUCAGGAUAUGUGAUCCAACGAGUGGUACAUGUUCAUGUAAAGCAGGUUAUCGAGGAAAGAACUGUGAUGAACCCUGUGAAAUUGGUACUUACGGUCCAAAUUGUCGAUUGAAAUGUCAAUGUGGGAUAAUUAAUAUGGGAUGUGAUCCGGUUACUGGUUUAUGUCAAUGUCCGAAUGGAAUUGUAGGACAUAAAUGUAGUAUGCAAAAUGACAUUUAUUCACCAGAUGAUGAACCAUCUUGUCCACCGGGUAGAUGGGGUAAAUCUUGUACAGAAAUAUGUGAUUGUGAAAAUAGUGUUGAAUGUCAUAAAAAUACUGGAUUAUGUAUUUGUUUCCCUGGCUUCAUUGGUGAUAAAUGUGAUCAAAAAUGUGAAAAAGGGAAAUACGGACUUAAUUGUACAGAAACAUGUGCUUGUGUACACGGUACUUGUGAUCAUCGUUCCGGAGCAUGUGAAUGUGAACCUGGUUGGAGAAAUAUGCUGUGUAAUAAACCAUGUGCACCAGGAUUUUAUGGUUCUGAUUGCCAACAUAGAUGUUUAUGUACAAAUGGUGCUGAAUGUGAUCCUGUUACCGGUAACUGUGAAUGUAAUGAAGGUUGGUAUGGACCAGCAUGUGACCAACCUUGCUCUGAAGGAACAUACGGUAAAAACUGUGUCAAGAAAUGCAACUGCGCAGAUGUUCCAGGUGUAAGCUGUGAUAAGGUCACAGGAAGAUGUAUUUGCCCACCGGGACGUACCGGUAACAGGUGUUCUGAAUUAUGUCCAAGUGGAUUUUGGGGGGAAGAGUGUUCGAGAACUUGUGCGUGCCUACGUGGAGCUACUUGUGAUCCCAUAACUGGCAAGUGUCGUUGCGGUUCAGGUUGGUAUGGUGAAGCUUGUGAGCUGCCAUGCCCAAGUGGCCACUGGGGCGAAAGCUGUUCUGUUCCAUGUCAGUGUUCAGCAAAUACUCGGAACCCAGAAGGAGGUGAAUGUGACCGGUUUACUGGAGAGUGCCGAUGCCCACAAGGUUUUACUGGACCAAGGUGUCAAGAUAAGUGCCCACCUGGGCGUUACGGAUCAGAUUGUAAACUGAGUUGUCCAUGUCAAAAACCGGGUUCUAGAUGUGAUCCUGUGACUGGAGCUUGUGAAUGUCCACCUGGUUGGUUCGGAGAAACUUGUGAAAGACCAUGUUUAUUGGGAUUCUAUGGAACAAACUGUAAGCAAAGGUGUUCUUGUCCAUCUGGUCAACCAUGUCAUCAUGAAACAGGUCUGUGUAGUUGUCCAGCAGGAAAGUAUGGACCACAAUGUGAAGAUACAUGUCCAGAAGGACGUUGGGGUGAGGACUGUCAACAUAUAUGUGACUGUCAUUUAAAGAAUAAUAAUAUGUUAUGUGAUCCAAUCCAUGGAAUUUGUUACUGUCGACCAGGAUGGCUAGGUCCCAAUUGCAUAAGCAGAUGUCCAGCUGGAUAUUUUGGUAUAAACUGUCAACAUGAGUGUAAAUGUGAAAAUAAUGGAGUGUGUCAUCCUGACAAUGGAACAUGUAUUUGUCAAGCUGGGUAUUAUGGUGAACGUUGUCAACUCAAUUGUCCUCCUGGUUUUUAUGGUUUACAGUGUAAACAAAAAUGUGGAUGUAUUCAUGGUGAAGCAUGUAAUGAAGUAACUGGUGAAUGUUACUGUUCAGCUGGUUACCAUGGGAAAAAAUGUGAACAAACUUGUCUUCCUGGUACAUAUGGACCACAAUGUUCAUUAAUUUGUCCUGUAUGUCAUACUCGAAUUGCAGAUUCAAAUACACUGGAUAGUUUAUUACUUUCAGAUACCUCAUCAAUCCCAGAUAAUACAUUUCAUUCAUCACAAUAUCAUUCAGAAGAAGUAAUGAAAAAUACUAAAGUAGCUAUAUUGAGACGUUUAAAUCAGAAUCAACAUAAUCCUACUUGCCAUCCUCAAACUGGACAAUGUCCAUGUCCACCAGGUUCGGAAGGUAAAGAUUGUAGUACACCAUGUCCGAAAGAUCGGUUUGGACCUGACUGUGCUCAGGUAUGUACAUGUCAAAAUGGAGCAACAUGUUCUUCUAUCACUGGCACUUGCAAUUGUCGACCAGGAUUUUAUGGACCAUUAUGUCAACACAUAUGUCCACCUGGAAGAUGGGGAGUGGGAUGUGCUUCUGUGUGUGAUUGUUAUAAUUCACAACCAUUUGGUUGUGAUCCUAAAACCGGGAGAUGUAGAUGUAAACCAGGUUAUACUGGUGAACGUUGUGAAGAAGUUUGUCCUCGUGGUUAUUUUGGGGAAAUGUGUGCACAAGCUUGUCAACAUUGUGAAGAGUGUCAUUUCGAAACUGGACAGUGUCUAUGCCCUUUGGGACAUUAUGGAGAAACAUGCGGCAGUAUAUGUCCACGCGGUCAAUAUGGGGUUAGUUGUUCCAAACUUUGCUCAUGUCAAAACAAUGCAAUCUGUUCAGCUAAUAUUGGGAGCUGUAAUUGUUUGCCUGGAUUUAUUGGACCUGACUGUUCAAUAAACAGUGAAAUGAAUUAUAUAAAUGAACAAUCAACAUUAAGUAUGAAAAUGAAUAAAUAAUGAUGAAUUUCAUUUAAAAUAGUUAAUUAAUUAAUUAAUUAACUAUAUAAAUUGAAGAUUUAUUUUCACAUAGUUUAGAUCAAUCUAUUUCAUAUUAUGGUUAAAACAAUAUUUUUUAUUUAUUUUGAACAAUGAAAACAAACAAACAAAACAAACUAAUACAACAAAUGAAGAAAACUAUCUAUUAUAAUUAAUUAAUUAAUAAUAAUAAUCAAUGUUACAUUAUAAUUACAAAAAAAUAAUUACAAUAAGUAAUAAUGAUGUACACAAAUGAAAAUAUAGGCAUGUUAUUUAUUAUAUAAUACCAAUUAUUCUUCAAUAUUUUCGGCAAAAUAUAACAAAAAAAUUCAUUAUAGGUAUCAUUACCCAAAAUUUGAUUGGAUAAUUUUAAAUCAAUUAAAUGAAUUGCACAUAAUAUUCUUAUAUUGUUUCAUUAUAUUUUAAUUGGGUUAUUUGUUUAUUCUGAAGAAGCGGCUUACACUGAGUGACGAAAUGUUAGAAAAUUUAAUUUUUCUUACUUAUUGGGAUAUUAUAAAUAUAUUAAUUUAUGUUUACAUAGGUUUUUUUAACAAAAAAUCUUAUCCAGUCUGUUUUCAUUUUCUAUGGUUUACUUUCAGUUACUUUUGAAAUUAUUUCUUCUCAGUAUUUUAUGUUGUCAUUUAAUUAAUGAAAAAGUUUAUAUACGAAGAUAAUGAUAAAAUAUGAAUAAAAUUAGCAUUACAUAACUGUAUUUAUGGUUAAUCUGUUCUUGAUACGUAUUAUGCACUUAAUUACAUGAUUGAUACAACGUAAUAAUUUUAUCAUAAGAUAGUAUGAAUUGUUCUUGAAUAAUAUACACAUGAAUCUACGCCAAAACGUACAUACAAAUACUGAUUUGUUUAAAUAGACUUAAGAUAAAGGACUGUUAUACAAAGAGUGAUGCUCUGAAAUCUCAACUAGUUAAACGUACAUAAUUCAUAUUCUGUUUAUAAAUUGUACAUACACUGUAAUCUAUAACAUGUUAGAUUUAUUUCUGCUGUUAUUCGUAUUUUCAUGUUAUACAGUGUUCCUUCUGUUCUAUUCCUUGAAAUAAUUUAUAUUUCAAUUCAAAUUAUGUACUUGUUAUUCUCUGUUAAUUAUACCGAAUUUUCACA